GACGGGGCGCGUGGUAGCCAGCGACCGGCGCGGCCUGGGGCCGCUGUUCCUCCGCCGCUUUCAUUGCACUGAACUCCAGCCCCUCUCGCGGGCAGCAGCAAUAGCGACACGUUUACACUUGUACCGUCUGGUCGCUUUCACCACCUCAUUGCUGCCGGGGCGUCAUCGCAGCUGCCAGCCGGGCAGCCGUUCCCGCCUGUCCUUGACCACCAGCGGGUUAGAUUAACAGAAGUGUGUGACCUCUGUUUUAGGUUCUCUUUGACACUGCCCCUGCAGGCCUCACAUAUACGGUCACAGGGAAGAUUGGAGUGGUGAAUGCAAACGAAUAAUGCCCCUCUCUACUCAGCUGGAAACUGCCGAUGAUCAGUAUGUUUUAGUCGCCAGUCUUGACAAUGUCAGAAACCUCUCGAAUAUCCUAAAAGCGAUUCAUUUUAAAGACCAUGCAACGUGUUUUGCAACUAGAAAUGGAAUCAAGGUAACAGUGGAAAAUGCAAAAUGUGUGCAGGCAAAUGCCUUUAUUCAGGCAGGGAUUUUUCAAGAAUUUAUUAUACAGGAAGAGUCGGUGAUGUUUCGAAUCAAUUUGGCUGUUCUUUUAGACUGCUUGACCAUCUUUGGUACAAAUUCUUUGCCAGGUACUUCAACAGCACUUCGAAUGUGUUACCGUGGUUAUGGCUACCCCUUGACCCUAUUUCUAGAAGAAGGAGGUGUGGUAACUGUGUGUAAAAUUAACACUCAAGAACCCGAAGAAACACUAGAUUUUGAUUUCUGCAGUACAAAUGUGGUUAAUAAAAUUAUCCUGCAGUCAGAAGGAUUACGUGAAGCAUUUGCUGAAUUAGAUAUGACCAGCGAGGUCUUGCAGAUUACGAUGUCCCCGGACAAACCUUAUUUCAGAUUAUCCACCUUUGGAAAUGCAGGAAGUGCUCAUCUUGACUAUCCCAAAGACUCUGAUUUGAUAGAAGCAUUUCACUGUAACCAGACCCAGACAAACAGGUAUAAAAUCUCCUUGCUCAAGCCAUCUACUAAGGCACUAGGUUUAUCUUGUAAAGUGUCUAUUCGGACAGAUAAUCGGGGAUUCCUUUCACUGCAGUACAUGAUUAGGAAUGAAGAUGGACAGAUCUGUUUUGUUGAGUACUAUUGUUGCCCUGACGAGGACAUUACUGAUUCAGAACUCUAGCUAUAUGAUAUGGACUGUGCAUUUCAUUUAUGGUUAUUCAGAAUGAUAAAAUAUUUAAUUAAAAAACUUGAAAGUUGCCAAAUUGAAAACCCAGAGAAUGGACAUCCACAGAAAGGAACAACAGAAUAAGCAGCUACAAUGAAGCUUCUCCAAUAUUACUUUGCUCGUGUUUCUCACUCUGACCUAGAAGGACCAGAAAAGAUAGUUUAAUCCUUGGCCUCUGAGGUGCUCUGAUGGUGGUUUAUUUGGUGAUUAUUCCAAGUUUGCACAUCACAAACAGCCUCUGGGGUAUUCUAUCACCAUUGUUGGAAUAAUCACAAACACAAGCAAUGCAGUAAAUCUGUGGCAAUAGUGGUAUGCUAAUCCAAUGGUUUGCUCUAAGAAUGGAUGAAGCAAUUACAGGUGAUCAAUGUGUGAAUCCUGGCUUGUGCUAGUUGGGUUGUUGAAAUUAUUAUAAAGGCUAAAAUGUGAGAAUACAAGUGGAGAGUGAAAUUUGAAACUGACUUCUUAAUAACAGUAAACUGCGGUUUUGCCAAAAGUACCAAAAAAUUGCUCGUCUUCAGCAAGAUUCCAGCUUGCUGUAAACUAUUGAAUUCUCUGGAAUUUCAUCAGGGAUGAAGCUGGCCUAUUUUCCACAGCAGCAGGGCUUGUGCUGCACUGGAAAGUUAGCAUGGAACCCAACAAAUCACUAAGUAUUUGGGCAGUGUCAUUUUGGCUUUUUUUUUUAAUUGACUAAUACAACCCCUGAUAUUGAAGUUUGUUCCUUUUACCAGCUGUCCUCUAAUCCCAUUUAUUCACCACUGCCUUCCAAAUCAAAAGUACUUAUUUGUUAAGAGUUUUAAGGUAAAAGAGUUUUAAGGUAAAAGAGUAUUGGAAUAUUGGUUUGGGAGAAUAAAAAAUCCCAAGGAAUUUUAUUUUUUUUAUAUAUAUAAAAUACUAUAGCGUGCCACAAUGGGAAGUCAGUUGUCUUUAAUUUAUCAAAUUGUAUGAACAUUAACAAACCUAGACAUAUGUACCACAUGG